GCGUGUAAAAAAAAAAUGGAUUCAAAAUUUUAUCGCAAUGAUGGUCGUCAUUUUGAAAAUCAUUUUGAAGAUUAUUCACCAGGAAGUUCACAAGAUAUAAUUGAUGCUACAAAGAAUGACAUUCAUGACAUUUUUAAAGAGUUGCUGAAAGAAAAGAUAACAAUAAUGUUGAAUCGUUUAAAUAAUUACAAAAAGGAAUGGAUUAAUCGCGACGACUCUUCAAUUUAUACUGGAAAUACUGGAAUCGCAUAUUUGUAUUAUUUAUACGGCACAAGGUUUAACGACGAGAGUUACAUAACAAGAGCUAUAGAAUUGAUCGAAAGACAAAGUGACUCUAGGAGCAAACGAGACAUAACAUUUUUAACUGGUGAAGCUGGAAGAUUAGCCCUUGGAGCUGUUAUUUUCAAGUCAUUAAACAAUGAAGCACAAUCUCAUUCUAUGGUAGCGAAGUUGAAAGCGUUGUUUAAUAAUGCGACUAAAAGUUCAUACGACGAAUUAUUAUAUGGACGCGCUGGUUAUCUCUACGCUCUUCUGUUUGUUAACAAGCACAUUCCUAAUGCGAUUGAGGAUGACGUAAUAAAACAAAUUAUUUAUUGCAUAUUGACGACUGGUAAAGCUUACGCUAAAUCGCGUAAAUACAACACGCCUUUGAUGUACAUUUGGCAUGACUCUGAGUAUCUUGGUGGUGCUCAUGGUCUUGCUGGAAUAAUUUACAUACUUUUGAAAGCACGUGAAUUUUUGACAGAAGAUCAGCUGAAAAAUGACAUUGAACCUUCAAUUGAUUAUUUAGUUUCCCUGAAAUAUCCCACUGGGAAUUUUCCUUCAUCUGUCGGGAGUAAUUCUGACAAAUUGGUUCAUUGGUGUCAUGGGGCGCCGUCAAUGACGAUGCUUUUUACUUUAGCUCAUGAGAUUUUCGGGCGAGAAGAUUAUUUAGAAAUAGCGAAAGAUUGCGGUGAGGUGAUUUGGUGUCGAGGAUUGUUGAAAAAAGGCAGUGGAAUUUGUCAUGGAGUAUCAGGAAACGCUUACACAUUUUUGUGUCUUUAUCAAAAGACAAAGGAAUUAAAACAUCUGUAUCGUGCUUGUAAGUUUGCCGAGUGGUGUUUUGAUUAUGAAAAACACCAAUCUCGAAUUCCUGAUCGCCCGUACUCGCUUUUUGAAGGUCUCGCUGGAGUUAUUUACUACUUAAUUGAUCUUACUGAUCCGUCGUCAGCCAAAUUCCCUGGAUACACUCUCUAAAAUAUUUAAUAUUGACAUUAACUCAUUGAUUAUGAAAUCCAUUAAUUUUUAAUUACUCUUAAUCUUUAACUUUGAACUUUAAUAAAAAAAUC